AUGGCCACAAGGUGUAGCACUUCACCGCUACAGUUUGUCCAAGGUUCAGCAACUCCCAGUCCCAGAAUGCUUCAGUAUGCUUGCCUAGCCUUCUCCAACAAUGCAGCUCAAUGUAAAAUUGAUCGUGCACACAGGGGGAUCUAGAUCUAGCUAGCUACGCGUACAUGGUUACAUUAAACAACGAGCAUGCCAUUUUGUUAUCACCUUGCAUAACGUGACAUAUAUUUUGAUUCCUUUUGAAGGUUUUUAUUUGGAGACAUUUCGGAGCUUCAUACCGGUUUCAGGUCUUGUUAUUCAACGUUGAAGGAGAAUUUGGAGGCCUUUCAUUCUUUGACAGACCUAGAAGAAAUGGGCACAACCAGGGCAGUAGCAGCUGACCCAUGAUGCCACACUGCAGGACUGUGACCAGCCAUGCCCUCCUCCCCAACGUUUACCAGCAGGGGCUCCUCUCCACCCGACAGUUUGCUCACAUAGGCCAGAAAUACAACUACACCAGACAAGAGGAACGAUGGCAAGGACUUGUUUGAACUAUGGCACGCCAGCAAGACAAAGGUGAAGUCCCCCAACAUCUGAUACCAAAAGGAAAACCACGAUCAGGUAGAUCCACUCAGAUGACAUUUUAUCCAUUUUAUGAGGACAAAACAAGUCGAUUUAACAAUUCUGAUGGUUUAGCGGCUACACUGUUUCACCAUGUUGACGAGGUUGCACCAUGGCUGCUGAUCCCUGUAGACUAGUAGAGACUCCGGCGCUGAGCUAAGCCCAGUGACCCUAACCCAUGAUGCAGCGUAACGGUGGCGGGGUGGGGCCCGGCGGCCAGCCGUGGCUGCUGCGGCGCGUGCGCCUCACCUGGCUCAGCUUCAUGCUCUUCUUCAUCCUGGUUUUCUUCCCACUCAUCGCCCACUACUACCUCACCACCAUCGACGAGGCGGGCGGCCCCGACAAGCGCAUCUUCGGCCCGCGGCCCGGCGGCGAACUGUGCGAGACCAAGCACGUGCAAGACCUGUGCCGCAUCCGUGAGUCAGUCAGUGAGGAGCUGCUACAGCUGGAGGCAAAGAGGCAGGAGCUGAACGGGGAGAUCUCCCGGCUCAACCUGCGCAUCGAGGCGUGCAAGCGGAGCAUCGACAGUGCCAAGCAGGACCUGCUGCAGCUGAAGAAUGUCAUCAGCCAGACGGAGCACUCGUACAAAGAGCUGAUGGCCCAGAACCAGCCCAAGCUCUCUCUGCCUGUGAGGUUAUUACCCGACAAGGACGACCCAGGCCUGCCCCCGCCCAAGUCUGCCCGUGCCUGCCGCCUGCGCUCCUGCUUCGACUACGCCCGCUGCCCGAUGACCUCGGGCUUCCCUGUGUACGUCUAUGACACGGCCUCCUACCCCUUGGGCGAGUCCCUGGACCCAUUGGUCAAGCAGGCCUUCGCCACCUCGGUAAAGAGCAGCAUCUAUGUGACGAACAACCCCAGCAUCGCCUGUCUGUAUGUGGUGCUGGUUGGGGAGCUGCAGGAGACUCCCUCCUCCCCCCUCCCGGCUUCCUUGGAGCUGGAGAAGCAGCUGAAGGCUCUACCCUAUUGGAGGUCUGAUGGACACAACCACCUCCUGGUCCAUCUUUCCAGGAAGUCCAUGACGCAGAACUUCCUGUACAAUGUGAGCACGGGCCGAGCUGCAGUGGCCCAGUCUACCUUCCUGGAGCAGCAGUACCGCGAGGGCUUUGACUUGGUGGUGUCCCCGCUGGUCCACGCCCUCUCUGAGCCCAACUUCCUGGAGGUGCCGCCCCAGGUGCCCGUCAAGAGGAAGUACCUGUUCACCUUCCAGGGCGAAAAGGUGGAGUCUCUGCGAAGUAGCCUGCAGGAGGGACCGCACCAGUCCUUUGAGGAGGAGAUGGAGGGAGAUGCGCCAGCUGACUACGAUGACCGCAUCAUCGGCACGCUCAAGGCGGUUCAGGACAGCCGCCUGGACCAGGUGUUGGUGGAGUUCACCUGUAAGAGCCCGCGGCCCAGCCUGCCUACCGAGUGGGCUCUGUGUGGCGAGAGGGAGGAGCGGCUCGAGGUCCUCAAGGCCUCCACCUUCGCCCUGGUCAUCUCCCCCGGGGACUGUCAGUUGGUGGCCUCUGCAGGCAGUAGCAUGAGGCUGUUUGAAGCCCUAGAGGUGGGGGCCAUCCCUGUGGUGCUUGGGGACCACGCUAGGCUGCCCUACCAUGAGCUGAUCCGCUGGAGCGAGGCAGCCAUCAUGGUGCCUAAGCCCCGCAUCACCGAGCUGCAUUUCCUGCUGCGCAGCCUAUCAGACAACGACCUGCUGGCCAUGCGACGACAGGGCCGCUUCCUGUGGGAGACCUACUUCUCCACCUCGGAGAAUGUACUGGGCACCAUCUUGGCCAGCGUACGAACCAGCAUCCAGGUGCCUGCCGCACCCAUCCGCGAGGAGCCCGCCCAGGAGAUCCCCCACAAAGCAGGCAAGAUGGCCGGCACGGACGCCAACCUGGCCGACAACGGUGACCUGGACCUGGGCCCCGUGGAGACGGAGCCACCCUAUGCCUCGCCGCGCUUCCUCCGCAACUUUACCUACACGUCAGCCAACACCUACCAAACCUGGAACCGUGCCCCGGGGCCUUUCCAUCUGUUCCCCCACACGCCGCUGGACCCCGUGCUGCCCUCGGAGGCCAAGUUCCUGGGCUCGGGCACGGGCUUCCGCCCCAUUGGCGGCGGUGCUGGGGGCUCGGGGAAGGAGUUUCAGGCAGCGCUGGGUGGUAACGUGCCCCGGGAGCAGUUCACGGUGGUCAUGCUGACCUACGAGAGGGAGGAGGUGCUGAUGAACUCCCUGGAAAGGCUCAACGGGUUGCCCUACCUCAACAAGGUGGUGGUGGUGUGGAACUCCCCCAAGCCUCCUUCAGACGACCUGCUGUGGCCAGACAUCGGCCUGCCCAUCGUGGUGGUGCGCACGGAGAAGAACAGCCUCAACAACCGCUUCCUGCCCUGGGACGCCGUGGAGACAGAGGCCAUCUUGUCCAUCGACGACGACGCCCACCUCCGCCAUGACGAGAUUAUGUUUGGGUUCAGGGUGUGGCGGGAGGCCAGGGACCGCAUCGUGGGCUUCCCCGGGAGGUUCCAUGCUUGGGACGUCAACCACCAGUCAUGGCUCUACAACUCUAACUACUCCUGUGAACUGUCCAUGGUGCUGACGGGCGCCGCCUUCUUUCACAAGUACUACGCGUACCUGUACUCGUAUGUGAUGCCUCAGGCCAUCCGCGACAUGGUGGACGAGUACAUCAACUGCGAGGAUAUCGCCAUGAACUUCCUGGUGUCACACAUCACCCGAAAGCCCCCUAUCAAGGUGACGUCUCGUUGGACCUUCCGCUGCCCCGGCUGCCCGCAGGCCCUGUCGCACGACGACUCUCACUUCCACGAGCGCCACAAGUGCAUCAACUUCUUUGUCAAGGUGUACGGCUACAUGCCCUUACUCUACACACAGUUCCGCGUGGACUCUGUGCUCUUCAAGACACGUCUGCCCCACGACAAGACUAAGUGCUUCAAGUUCAUCUAGCCCAGGGCUAGGCCCAGCUAAGGAAGUUGGGCAGAACGGGGCAAGAGAAUGAGGAACUCUGGCAAAACGGAAGAAAGGCGGAAGAGGGAGCAGAGAGGGCUGGUUCUGAGAUGGAUGGAGGUUUGGGGGUGAGGGCCUACACCUAAGAAUUGGAUCUAGGAUGUACAAUAACAACCCUCUCCAGUUAAUUGGCUGAACCCCCUCAGAGCCGCCCCCCCACACCUUUACUGGAACCCCUGAUAGGCUGGAAGCAGAGAAGGGCCGCUGCCAAUCAAAAAGCCUUUUCAUUUGUUUUCUGUCCUCAUGUCAUCUGUGUGUUUUAUCAGCAACCACUACAGAUUCAAUUUUUUGCGCCACUUUUUAUGGGCACGAGGGGUGGUAACACUGCCUACCCAAGGACUUAACUUAACUCUCAGAGCCAAACUCAAACUGACAAUGUAAACGACUGGUUUUAAACUGACACAGGGAGAGCGAGACCGAGAGACAGUGGACUGUCGCAGUGGGUCCUGAGCUCCUGAAUCACUAGCUAGACAUGUAACCUUUUGGGAGAGAAACAAAGGGGCAAAGGCAUAUACAGUUUGUCAUUGCACUCAUUUCUUUAUUUUUUUUUACUCAUUUUACAUUUAUAUACUCUACUCUUGUAUAUGAAACCGCGAGAGAAGCACUGAUGGUCGCAGAAGUAUUUUUUUUCGGUGAUCUUGUUUUUUUGGUUUUUUUUACGUGGUGUUUAAUUUUGUAAAUCCCAAUCUCGACGUGGGAUUAUCAGUCACCAAGACCCUCUUGUCGUUGGCAGACCCAUAGAAAUAGAAUUACUAGAAUGGGCAAAGCCCCUCAGACCAUGGCAUUCUCAGAGUAGAUUUUGUUUCUAUGGGCAGACCGAAGCUAACUCCAGACAGUCCCGUUUGUCACUCUGCCUCUCAAUGACUACAGAUGGAGACUAAAGAACAGGAUUAUUAGGCCACAAGUUCUAUAUAUUUACCCCCUCAAAUAUUCAUAGGAAAAUGGGAAAGCAAUUACCUAACACGUUUGUUAAGGCUACAGCAGACUAUAAUGGUUUUAAGCUGGACCGAAACACUUAGUAGGCCCUGUUGUUUUCAGAAUGGUUGUCACCAGCCGUCACUGAGCGUUUACAUGGCUUUUUGUGACUUUUUGGAUCUUGGUGGUAUUAGGCUACCUAUCAAUGGUCGGCGUUAAAUGGCGGGGUAGUCGUUCCUAUAUAGUCCUCUAAUGAAGUGUUCAGUAAUGGAGGAGGGUGAACUUACCCCUAGAUUCUGAUAUUGGGUCAGUUUUGCAUUUCCCCCACCAAUGGUUAAAGGCCCAGUGCAGUCAAAACCGUUGAUUUUUGUGUUUUAUCAUGUAUUUCCACACUGUGAGGUUGGAAUAAUACUGUGAAAUUGUGAAAAUGGUGACGCCUUUUUUAGUGUAAGAGCUGUUUGAAAAGACAGACAAUUCAGACUGUUUUGGUGGGAGGGAGACCUCUCUGCCAAUAACAGCUCAGACCACUGCUCUUUGCUAAGAGGCUAUUUUUGUUUGUUUUCAAUUAAAAUGGUCAAAAAGAAUCACAGUAAGGUACUUAAUUGUUACCCAGAAGUGAUUUGAUAUUGAGAUAAAAAUGGCUGCAUUGGACCUUUAAGGUUAGGAUUGGGGGAGGAGAAGCUGAUCCCAGAUCUGUACCUAGGGGAAGACUUGACCCCGGAACAUUUAAUAAUUGUUUCAAUUGGGCACUUUCGGGAAACACAAGUCUAAAAAUAUCAGACCUUAGUGCAAGGAACUGAAAAACAAGCUUAUUUUGGUGUUUCUAUCCCUCAUCAUCAUCACAGUUCCAUUCAGUAUUAACCUCCAAAAUGAGCUGCUUCUCUACGUCCGGUCCCUCAAGUUUCAUUUUGUAACGAUUGAUGCUCAAUGAAUGUUUUCUUUGCCAAAUAGGUACGAUUUUUAACUGCUGAAAAACGGCACAAUGUUUUGCAGAGUGCACAAUGUGAGCGCUUGUUAAUAGGAUGCGGUCUGGUACACCCUUGCCCCCUCACCCUUUUUAGACAGUAUCCCCCCACUCCCCACUCUUAAAAGAAAAGAAGGUUGACUCCCCCCUCACCAAUUGAAAUGGCAGUGCCUAUACAGCCCUUAUAAAUGAACGUGCUUUGACCUUUUCUGGGUUCAUUCCAUUGAUUUGACUUGAGGAUCUAAUCUGUAACACUAGAUCCUUUAUUUGAGAUGAUUCAGGAGAUGUGACGACACUGUCGAUCAGCAAUAGGAAUCUAUUUGAUUCUGGGAAGUUCAAACUAUGGAACUCCACAUUAUCGUCCCCAUGAUGUCUGUAUAUUUAUUGAAUUGAAUAUAUAAAAUGGGUAUACUAAGGCUUGCUUCUGAAGGGGUUAACUUUGUGACUAGAAAUGAUGACUGCAAUAAAAUGAAAGGUGAUCUUGGUCAACGGAACCUCCUCACCUGACUGACCACGCAUCACUGGUCCACUUCAACAUCUAUUCCACAUGGGUUUAAAGUCCUUUCAUUGAAAUGAUGUGGAAACAACUUUGAUUCAACCAGUGUGUGUGCCCAGUGGGGGGGGUGGCCUCAUUAGAACACUAACGAGAACCAGCAGGUGGCAUUGACAGCUCGACUUAAAACUCUCCCUAAAACACAUCUCUGGCCUACGCCAAUCCUAACCUGAACCUUUUUAAGAGGUGAAAAGCAAAACUGAUCUGAGAUCAAGUCUUUGAGACCACUACAGUCUGGGUAUGUGCUCAAACCUGUUUUUGACUGACUCAGUCAGCCCAUUUGCAAUAAUGUGCACUCACACAUACCAGUGGCUUGAGUUUGAGCUCCAGAUGCUGUCUGAAAAAUUACCUGGCUGACAGACACACUCCUAACAUUUCCAGGGGCAGGGAGGGGUCGACUCGGGUGACGUCUCAUGCAGUGCUUUGGAAGUCCCACCUCUCCCCUCCCCAUUUUCCCCCUCAGCGGACAAUGACACAGCUGGUUUUUCUAGUGUCAACAGAUGAAGAAAGAGGGCCAGGAAAAAGCCACCAAUCAUUCCUGUAGCUAGCUGUUUAAGUGUUCUGAAACGAUGCGCUCAUGGGACUGUUUCCCCCAACACACCCAGCCCUGGGUCUUGUUCAUUAGGCACCAAACAGACUGAAACAGGAAGUCCCUAUCUGGAAGUUGGUCCAAUACAUUAAAAAAAAAAAAAUCUAAAAUCAAAAAACGCUUUAAAGCUGUUUGCUAGUGUGCCCCAAUGAAUAGGACCCUGGGCUAGGCUACCUGCCAACUGCAACUACUGCUGCCUGCCCUGUUCUGUACCAGACUGACCACUGAUGACAGGGUAAAACAAACCGUUGAAGGCCAGACAUGGAAUUAAAAUCUCAACGUUAGUUUAAAGCGUG